AUGAGUGUAGAAAAUGAAAUAAUUUUCAAAUGGACAAAUUUGUGUCGGUUGUGUUUAUCUUCGGAAUCGCAUAUCGAUUUGUUUUCUUCGGAAGUACUUUCUCAGGAUUGUUUGUCAAAAAUACGAAGUUGUUUAAAUUUGCUCAUUUAUCCUGGGGAUCCUAUGCCAUCAAAAAUAUGUUCCAAAUGUCAUACCAAAUUAGAUGAAUGGUACCAAUUUAGAAAGGAAUGCAUACAAAGUGAAGUAAAUGUCAAAAAAAGAUUGCAACCUUAUCAGGACAUCAAAUUUGUUAAAGAAUAUUUUGAGAGAUGUGCCAAAUUUGAAUCAUCUGAAAUAGUUUCUUCUAGUUCCAAGCCAAAUCCUCCUUCAGUCCAAAAUUCAGAUGAAGUCAAUUCUUCUAUUUCUGUACAGGAAUAUUCAGAAGAAACCUCUACUCAAAAUAAUUUGAAAAAAGAAUUUUCUGCAGUAUCUCAAGAAAAUAAAAAUACUGGAAAAAGCACUUCAGGUCUGUGUUCUUCGAGUACAUUUUCGGGUAAAAAACCAAAAACAUCAUCAGGAGAACCUGUUGGUAAUGUUAUUGUCAAGCAAGAGCAUUUAACUGAAUCUAAUAACAAAAAAAAUAACACAGAGUGGAUGGAAAUUGACAAUGGGUUAAUAGGAACAAUCGCUUCCGUAACUGGAGGAGCUUCCGCUUUUUGGGAAUCUCAAUAUCUCAAUAAACAAAAUGAAAAUCUCAAUGAAUAUUACAACAAUGAAGAGAGUUAUUCGAAAGAAGAGAAAAACAAACCAAAUCAAUAUUUGCAAUCUGUCGAUGAUAAAACUUGCCCCAAUUGUGAGUCUGUUUUUGAAACGGAAGAAGAAUUUGAAUUGCAUACAUGUUGUAUGAUUGGAAGUAGUACCAACUUAGAAGAAGAAGAAGACGAAGAUGAAAAUGGACAUUUUGAAGAUUCCAUAUCGUUAGGAAGUGAAUAUGAUGAAAACGAAUCAUAUUUUUUAGAAGAUCAACAACUACCUUCAGAAGAAAUUUCUGCCGUACGACCAAUUAAAAUAACUCCGUGGAAAUGUAUUUCUUGUCAUUUGUAUUUUCAAUCCAGUUUAGAAUUACGAAGACAUUAUUCCUCGAUAUCUUGUUUAGGAAAGAAAACAAGAGCUCUUGACUGUGAGUUUUGUUACAGACAAUUUUUAUCUUUUAAUGAUUUGCUAGAGCAUCAAGUCAACCAUAUUAUUAUUAAGUUAGAUUUAACAGAAGAUGAUCUCAUAUGCUGUAGUCAGUGUUCUUUACAAUUUCCCAAUGAAAGAAGGUUUAAAAAUCAUCUUUUAGUGCACACGUUAAAACGGAAGACCCCCAUCAAGUACACAUGCUCCAGCUGCAGUCAAGUAUUUUUUCAAAAAGAUUCGUACGAGAAACACCUACUGACCCACGUUAAAAUGAAAAGUGAAAAAGAAUCUGUGCCGGAGAAGUCUAAGGAAGUGGCAGCAGUUACUUACAAGCCGGAAGCACCCGAGAAUCCUAGUCAGACCCGGUCGGUUAAUGCCCCAUCCGAGGAAGAACCAAAAAAGCCACAAAGAGCCAUUCGUUGUUUUCGUUGCGGUCAAAUGUUCGGGAGUGUUAAGCAGUUGGAACAUCACGAAGCGAUCAAGCACAAAAAUCCUACUCCUUACAUAUGUCGAAAAUGUUGUCUAAGAUUUUCCGCAAGGUCGCAACUCCUCAUGCAUUUAAGAGUGCACAUGUCUAAGAGUAAUUCAAAGGCAUCUUCGAAUGCAGAGACUGUAGAGAGUGCUACUUCUUGUACAAUAUGCUCCGCCAAAUUCCUAUUGGAAUCUGAUUUAGAAUCUCACAUGAAAACUCAUAAAUCGAAUACUUCGGACCCUCCGUCACCCUCCGGUCCUCAGUCGACACCUGAGGAAAACGAUAAUAUUGACAUGUUUGCCAGGUAUAAAUGUUCUUUGUGCUCGAGGCUUUACGUGCGCGCAUCUAGUUGCAUAAGACACGGACAACAAUCUCACAAGGGUCAAAAAGUAAUUCCGCUUAAACUUAAAAGAUCUGUAUUUUUAGGCCGUCGAACCUCUCUUCCCGCAGGCGGUAAAGUCAAACAUCAAUGUAUAAAGUGCCCAAAGUAUUUUUUCUCAUUUAACGCAUAUAGUAUUCACGCUUAUAGAAAUCACGGUAUCAAAAUGCAAGAUUCCAUGGACGAUCCGGGUAGUUUGGAAACGGAAGACACUCCGGAUUCGCCGAAGCUCGACGAAAUCGAAAGCAAAUGUCCAUUUUGUUCCAAAGAUAUAAAACCAUCUUACAUAAGUUUGCACAUAAAGAAAUUUCACCGAGGCGAAGUACUCGAUCCAUCUAUGAUAGGAAAAGACAUUCCGAACGAUUCUUGCAUAUGUCGCUAUUGUUUGAAGACUUGUUCGACGCCACACAAUCGAAAAUUACACGAAUCCAUACAUUAUCCGGUCAAGGCCCAGAAAAACCAAUGUGAAACAUGCGGUCAAAAACUUUCCGAUAGGACUCUUUACGAGGAUCACGUUCGUACGUGUAAAUCCAUACGAUGUGGAAAGUGUCACAAAAUAUUUUUCAAAUUUGUCAACUUGACCCAGCAUUCCUGUGCUGGUAAUAAAAGCGACGAAGCUCACAAGUGCACGGUGUGCCUGAGCGCUUUCACUAGUCUCGAUCUACUUCAGAUUCACAUAAAAAAUUUUCACGGGAAAAAACCGGAAUUGAAUGUUCCGCAACCUGGAACGAGUAAAAAUUCCGCCAAACGAAUGGAACGUGAAAUAUGGCGAGAAGAAUCGAACAAAAUCGUUUGCAUGGUGGGUGAAAAAUUCUACUGUACAUUUUGCGACUGCGAAUUUUCCACAAUACAAGAAUCAAACGAACACCGAGCCGUUCAUCCGAGGGGCAAUUGGUACGCCGUUCAAAUAAGCGAUUCGUUAUUCCAAUGCACGAUAUGCGAUAAAUUUUUCGAAACGAGAAAAAGUUCCUUAUUGCACAUAAAUUACCACAAGAAAAGUUUGAUGCCGGAAACGCCUAAAUCGAAUUAUCCGGUCACGUUCGAACCGGAAGUUGAAAUAUUCACGGACGUUAAAACCGCGGCGGAAACUCCGAAAAUUAGAAAAUUCAAUUGUCGAUAUUGCAGCGCAGCUUUUAGAGACGAGGAAAGCCUUCAAGAACAUUUGUUUCACACGCACGUAAAUCAAACUUAA